CGCGCGGUGGACGGCGGCGGCGGCGGCGCGAUGGCGGCGGCCGUGCCCGAGGCCUGGCCCGAGCUGGAGCUGGCCGAGCGGGAGCGGCGGCGGGAGCUGCUGCUGAGCGGGCCGGCGCUGGAGGAGCGCGUGCGGGCGGCGGGCGGCCGGCUGCCCCCGCGGCUCUUCACGCUGCCGCUGCUGCACUACCUGGAGGUGAGCGGCUGCGCGAGCCUGCGCGCGCCGGGCCCGGGCUUGGCGCAGGGGCUGCCGCGCCUGCACAGCCUCGUGCUGCGGGGCAACGCGCUGGGCCCCGGCCUGAGCCCCGAGCUGGGCCCGCUGCCCGCGCUGCGCGUGCUCGACCUGUCCGGCAACGCGCUCGAGGCGCUGCCGCCGGGCCAGGGCCUGGGCCCCGCCGAGCCGCCGGGCCUCCCGCAGCUGCAGAGCCUCAACCUCAGCGGCAACCGGCUCCGCGAGCUGCCCGCCGACCUGGCGCGCUGCGCGCCGCGCCUGCAGAGCCUCAACCUCACCGGCAACCGCCUGGACCGCCUGCCCGCCGCGCUCUUCCUGCCCGGCGCGCUGCCCCUGCUCAGCGAGCUGGCGGCCGCCGACAACCGCCUGCAGGAGCUCAGCCCCGACGUGGCGCACCUGGCCUCGCUCAAGACGCUGGACCUCGCCAACAACCAGCUCAGCGAGAUCCCGGCCGAACUGGCCCACUGCCCCAAGCUCAAGGAGGUGAACCUGCGUGGGAACAGGCUGCGUGACAAGCGCCUGGAGAAGAUGGUGGGCAGCUGCCAGACCAGGUCCGUCCUGGAAUACCUGCGCGCCGGCGGCCGCGGCAAGGGCCGGGCCAAGGCGGACAGCGAGAAGGACGAGGGCCGCAGGAAGCGGCGGGCGCCCAAGCCGAGGCCCGAGAGCGGCGAGGGGGAGGCGGAGGAGGCGGGCCGGCUGCUGCUGCGGGUGCUGCGCCUGUCGGAGAGCCCCGCGCCCCUGCUGGUCAGAGUGAGCCCCGAGGUCCGGGACGUGCGGCCCUACUUCGUGGGGGCCAUCGUGCGAGGCAUGGAGUUGCGGCCCGGAAACGCCCUCAAGCGCUUCCUCACCUCCCAGACCAAACUGCACGAGGACAUCUGUGACAAGAGGACAGUGGCCACCAUAGCGACCCAUGACCUGCACGCCGUGCGGGGGCCCUUGCUGUACGGGGCACGGCCGCCACAGGACCUCAAGAUCGUCCCCUUGGGGCGCAAAGAGGCCAUAGCUAAGGAGCUGGUGCGGCAGCUGCAGCUGGAGGCAGAGGAGCAGCGUAAACAGCGCAAGCGGCACAACGUGUCCGGCCUGCACAGGUACCUUCACUUGCUGGACGGCAAGGAGAACUACCCCUGCCUGGUGGACGCCGAUGGAGACGUCAUCUCCUUCCCCCCCAUAACCAACAGCGACAAGACCAAGAUUAAGAAGACGACGUCCAGCCUGUUUCUGGAGGUCACCAGCGCCGUCAGCCUGCAGGUUUGCAAGGACGUCAUGGACGCCCUGGUCCUGAAGAUGGCAGAACUGCACAGGCACACCUUGGACAACAAGGAGGAAGCGUCCUUGUCAGACACGGAGGCCGACGGGGGCCCCGGGCAGCUUGGCAGUGCGGGGCAGGGUGGCCAGGCCCAGCUGGUGGUAGAACAGGUGCGGGUGGUAGACCUGGAGGGCAGCCUGAAGGUGGUGUACCCAUCAGCCACCGACCUGGCCGCCGCCCCGACCCACGUCACCGUUGUCCGCUGAGGCGCCAGGCGCAGCUGGCUGUCCCCAUGUCAUUCGUCUCCACAUGCUGACAUUAAAUUAUUUGUGGUUUUUUAA